ACACCCCCCUCACCAAUGCAGGCAACGUAUACCUUUAAGCCUCCACCUAGACCGGACUUUGGGACUUCUGGAAGAACAAUCAAGCUACAGGCUAAUUUCUUUGAAAUGGACAUUCCAAAAAUUGACAUCUAUCAUUAUGAAUUAGAUAUCAAGCCAGAGAAAUGCCCUAGAAGAGUUAACAGAGAAAUUGUGGAGCAUAUGGUCCAGCACUUUAAAACACAGAUCUUUGGGGAUCGUAAACCAGUAUUUGAUGGAAGAAAAAACCUCUAUACAGCAAUGCCUCUUCCCAUUGGGAGGGAUAAAGUGGAGUUGGAGGUCACAUUGCCUGGAGAAGGAAAAGACAGGAUAUUUAAGGUGGCCAUAAAGUGGAUGUCAUGUGUGAGUCUCCAGGCUUUGCAUGAUGCACUCUCUGGUCGCCUGCCAAGCGUCCCUUUUGAAACCAUCCAGGCUCUGGAUGUAGUGAUGAGGCAUUUACCAUCCAUGAGGUACACACCUGUGGGGCGAUCAUUUUUUACUGCAUCAGAGGGAUGCUCAAACCCUCUUGGUGGGGGAAGGGAAGUUUGGUUUGGAUUUCAUCAAUCAGUCCGACCAUCACUUUGGAAAAUGAUGUUGAACAUUGAUGUCUCAGCAACGGCCUUUUACAAGGCACAGCCAGUUAUUGAAUUUGUUUGUGAAGUUUUGGAUUUCAAAAGUAUUGAAGAGCAACAGAAACCUCUGACAGAUUCCCAAAGGGUAAAGUUUACCAAAGAAAUCAAAGGUCUAAAGGUAGAGAUAACACACUGUGGGCAGAUGAAGAGAAAGUACCGGGUGUGUAAUGUCACCAGAAGACCAGCAAGUCACCAAACAUUCCCACUUCAGCAAGAGAGUGGCCAGACUGUUGAAUGUACGGUGGCACAGUAUUUUAAAGACAGGCAUAAGUUGGUUCUACGUUAUCCUCACCUUCCAUGUUUACAAGUUGGACAGGAGCAAAAGCAUACAUACCUUCCCCUUGAGGUAUGCAACAUAGUGGCAGGACAGAGAUGUAUAAAGAAACUGACUGACAAUCAAACUUCUACUAUGAUUCGGGCAACUGCAAGAUCAGCACCUGAUCGGCAAGAAGAGAUCAGCAAAUUGAUGCGAAGUGCAAGUUUCAAUACAGACCCUUAUGUUCGUGAGUUUGGCAUAAUGGUUAAAGAUGAAAUGACAGAUGUCACUGGCCGGGUCUUGCAGCCACCAUCAAUCCUCUAUGGAGGCAGGAAUAAAGCAAUUGCUACACCUGUCCAGGGGGUUUGGGAUAUGAGGAAUAAGCAGUUCCACACUGGAAUUGAAAUCAAGGUCUGGGCGAUUGCUUGCUUUGCUCCUCAACGGCAGUGUACUGAAGUCCAUCUAAAGUCCUUCACAGAACAACUCAGAAAGAUUUCAAGAGACGCAGGAAUGCCAAUCCAGGGUCAACCAUGUUUCUGCAAAUAUGCCCAAGGAGCUGAUAGUGUUGAGCCUAUGUUCAGGCACUUAAAGAACACAUAUGCUGGGCUGCAGCUAGUAGUGGUCAUUCUGCCUGGAAAAACCCCUGUUUAUGCGGAAGUGAAACGUGUUGGGGAUACUGUUCUUGGCAUGGCCACACAGUGUGUUCAGAUGAAAAAUGUGCAGAGAACCACACCACAGACCCUGUCGAAUCUUUGCUUAAAGAUCAAUGUCAAGCUAGGAGGAGUAAACAACAUCUUACUGCCCCAGGGAAGACCUCCAGUAUUUCAACAGCCUGUCAUCUUUCUGGGUGCAGAUGUCACUCACCCCCCAGCAGGAGAUGGAAAAAAGCCUUCUAUUGCUGCAGUUGUAGGGAGCAUGGAUGCACACCCUAAUCGUUACUGUGCAACUGUGAGAGUUCAACAGCACCGGCAAGAGAUCAUCCAAGAUUUGGCUGCAAUGGUCCGAGAACUCCUUAUUCAGUUCUACAAGUCAACACGCUUCAAACCAACUCGCAUCAUCUUUUAUAGAGAUGGUGUUUCUGAGGGACAGUUUCAACAGGUUCUUCAUCAUGAGCUGUUGGCCAUCCGAGAGGCAUGCAUUAAACUAGAAAAAGACUACCAGCCUGGAAUUACAUUUAUAGUUGUUCAGAAAAGGCACCACACCAGGCUUUUCUGUACUGACAAAAAUGAACGUGUUGGAAAGAGUGGAAAUAUUCCAGCAGGGACAACAGUAGACACCAAAAUUACCCACCCAUCUGAAUUUGACUUUUACCUGUGCAGCCAUGCUGGGAUUCAGGGAACAAGCAGGCCUUCCCACUAUCAUGUCCUUUGGGAUGACAAUCGUUUUUCUUCAGAUGAACUACAGAUUUUGACUUAUCAACUAUGUCAUACCUAUGUGCGCUGUACACGCUCUGUCUCUAUCCCAGCACCAGCCUACUAUGCGCACCUGGUGGCCUUCAGGGCCAGGUAUCAUCUGGUGGAUAAAGAACACGAUAGUGCCGAAGGAAGCCACACGUCUGGUCAGAGUAAUGGCAGAGACCACCAAGCACUUGCAAAAGCAGUACAGGUUCAUCAGGACACGCUGCGUACCAUGUACUUUGCUUGACAUGUUUUAGUGUUUAGCGAUUUAGUACAGAGUUGGAUUCACAUGAGACCAGCUACACUCAGACCAACUGUUGCCCAGCCCUCCCAUGACAGCCAGCAAGGAGCAGGAUGCAUCUAGGUUCUUUUCCAUGUGCAAGAAAGAAAGCCGUCCCUGAAUUAAAACUUGGAUUUUGAGCUGCAGACCUGUAAAACUCCCUGGCCCCCUGCCCUUCACCCCACCCUACCCCUGCCACUGUUGGAAAUGUGGUUUGCCAAAAUCUAUAGGCUGCUUUUCAGAAUACAGACCCAAGUUUCCUAAAAUUAAUUCAAGAGCUAUUAUCUCAGGGCUUUAAAAACAAACAAAAAAAAAACCACACACAAACAGACUUUAUUUUAUCUGUCAUUCAAUUUACUUGUGAACAAUCUAAUGCACCACAAAAUUGAUGGAAUUCAAAAGCUGUGACUUUCCUUAAAGAAUACAAAGGAACAAAAACACAAAACA